CGUCACAUGUCUACUUUCAGCAAUCUCCUAAAGAACUUGUUCAAUAAAAAGAAUCCAAAUGUAUCAUUGGCAAUGUCUCGUUUGAAGAGCUACAUGGGAUUUUAUAACUUAAAUGCAUCAGAUGAGGAAAUCUUGGAUCAGAUAUCUGCUAUAAUUUCCAACCCAGUUCAGCAAGAAGAUUCCUUAGAGGAUUAUGAGGAAUUUCACAUACAACGUUUCUUACGGCGAUAUAUUCCCCCUUUCUUGAUCAUCAUUGGUCUCGUUGGUAAUGUGAUGUCAUUUUUCAUAUUACGUCACAAGUCCAUGGCGCGACAUUCAACUAAUGUGUUUCUAGCCGCUUUGUCAAUUGCUGAUCUCAUUGUAUUGUUUAUAGGGCUGUUUCGAUUAUGGAUUGGGGAAAUUCUUGAAAAUGACUUCAUACAUGUAUCAGAUUUCAUGUGUAAAUUUGUAAAUUUAUUGACCUACAGUUCUAGUCAAUUUUCCGCGUGGCUGGUUUUUGCCGUAACUGUGGAGAGAUAUAUUGUUGUAUGUCAUGCUUUGCAAGCAACGCGUUGGUGCAGUAGAGAACGUGCAAGAAAGACAGUGGUUUUACUGGCUAUUAUUUUUAUCCUUAUCAAUUCGCAUUUAAUAUGGACCAUUGGAAUAAGAACGGAUAUGGGUAAAAAAUGCGACGGUCUCAAGAAUUAUGAAUUUCUAGUAAGAAAAGUGUGGCCUUGGAUUGAUGCAGCCUUGUACUCCACCAUUCCCGUUAUUUCCAUUUCAUUCUUUAACAUUCUCAUCAUAAGACAAGUGAUUCGUGCCACACAUAGUCGCAGAUCCUUACAACACGCUCCACUAAACAAAAUAGAGCUAAAGAGGCGCUCAAAAAACAAGAGCUCCAAACUAACAGUCAUGCUAUUAACAAUUUCGUUCGCCUUCUGUGUAACGACUCUACCCAUGAAUGUUGUUAUGAUAGCCAGCCAUCAAGUGAGUAAUAACCCAAAGGAGAUGGCGAAAUUUUGGCUGGUUCGCACAACAGCGGAAUUGUUAAUGUAUCUUAAUCAUUCCAUGAACUUCUUUUUGUAUUGUGCCACAGGACAUAAAUUCCGAUCCAUAGUGCUUAGAAUCGUCUGUAGGAUCUCGAACUUUUCAGAUCAUAGCCAGCAUAUCUACUGUUCUGGCGGGUACAAUGGGUAUGCUUCUGGAGGUUGUAUACACAGGAAAGUUGAAUCUGUUGACUCUUCAAAUAACGAUGAUUUAACCAAUCAGGUAACGGCGUUAUGAAAAAA